AUAACAACAUCUGAUCACCUUUUAAUACCUUCGGUCAAUCAAUCAAUCAAUCAAUCCUCGGUUGUGUGAUUUUUUUAAAUAGCGGACGUAAUAGAUCAAGACAGAAUAGAAUAAACAAUGGCUGCUGAAGUUCCAACUUUCAAAUUAGUUUUAGUCGGUGAUGGUGGUACCGGUAAGACCACUUUCGUUAAGAGACAUUUAACUGGUGAAUUCGAAAAGAAAUAUAUUGCCACCUUAGGUGUCGAAGUCCAUCCGUUAGGUUUCCACACCAACUUUGGUGAAUUAAAGUUUGAUGUCUGGGAUACUGCUGGUCAAGAAAAGUUUGGUGGAUUAAGAGAUGGUUACUAUAUUAACGGUCAAUGUGGUAUCAUUAUGUUCGAUGUCACUUCCAGAAUCACUUAUAAGAAUGUUCCAAACUGGCACAGAGAUUUAGUCAGAGUCUGUGAAAACAUUCCAAUUGUCUUGUGUGGUAACAAGGUUGAUGUCAAAGAACGUAAGGUUAAGGCUAAGACCAUCACUUUCCACAGAAAGAAGAACUUACAAUACUACGAUAUCUCUGCCAAGUCCAACUAUAACUUUGAAAAGCCAUUCUUGUGGUUGGCUAGAAAGUUGGUAGGUAACGCUCAAUUGGAAUUCGUUGCUUCUCCAGCUUUGGCUCCACCUGAAGUUCAAGUUGAUGCUGACUUGAUGCAAAAAUACCAACAAGAAAUGGAACAAGCUACCGCUUUACCAUUACCAGACGAAGACGAUGCCGAUUUAUAAGCAUCUUAAAGUAUAUAUCACUUCAUAACAUAUAUACCAAAAAAAAUCGAUAGGUAUUUAAUCGACUUUUUUUUUAUUUUCGUCUUGUUUUGUUGAACCUCUGAUGAUUCUAAGUGAAUGAUAACAUCAGAUAAAGUAUAUAGAUCUAUAUAGUGUACUACUUGAAAGAAUUGUUUUUAAAUCUAUAUUUGCUAACUAAUAAUACUUGAACGAACUAAAGGAUUCUAUAUGCAGGUGUAAUGGUACUAGGUGUGCUUCUGUAUAGCUUUUUGGUACUCUCUGGUAUUAUUAAACACGGCAGGAGGAGGCAAUGGGAAUCCUGCCAAGUUAGGAGGCGGAGGCAACAAGAACUCAUCUUCAUCAUCAUUACUAGCUACAUUAGAUUCAUUGCUGGUGCUUAUAUCAUCCACAUUAGAUAUUGUAUUUAGAUUUCUGUAUUUGUAAUUGGCAUGAUCACUUCCAGGAGCAUUAUGAUUUAGAUAUGUUAGAUUGAUUUCAUAGGUUAGUUCAUUUGGAUCCCAUUGCCCUGUUUCCUUUGCCUUUAAUUCAUAAUAGUUGCAAUAAUAUUUGAUAUGGUUCUUUCCCAUAAGAUGGGACUUACGAACACUCAUAGUGUCAUGAGUCAAGUAUGACUUGCAAUAGUCACAAUAGUACUUUGGCAUGGUCAGUUGUGUUUAUGCAGAU